AUGAUAUCAAAAUUAUUGUCAAUAUUAUUUGGAACAAUAAGCACAAUGAUUAUAAGUUUUUAUUGGUACUCAAUAUUAUUUCGAAAUCUAUAUAUGAAAGAAGCUAAUGUGAAAUAAGAAAAAUAAAAAAAUAAAGAAAACAAUCAACCAUUAUUAAUUGAAUUAACAGGAAGAUUUUUAUAAGCUAGUUUAAUAACAAUCUUUUAUAAUGUACUAAAGACUAAAGUAAUGUUUAAUAAAGAAUUUUAGGAUGAAAAUGAUUUAAAUUUGGCUCUUUCUUUAGCUGUAUUUUUUUGUGUGAGUUUUCAAAUACAAUAUUAUACAUCGAAAGUUGUAUGGGAAUAGAAGACAUGGAAUUAUUUUGUUAUAAAAGUAUGUGA